UCACAUGCAGCAAUAUCCAAGCCUGCAAUAGAGAAAAGAUUUAUGGUUUUCGUGGAACAGAUAAACGAGAUGUUAAUGUGAAACGCCAUCGUGCUGAAAUAAGGUUUGGUUGUCUAGCCCAGAUAAAAAUAAAUUCUAGUCAAACAGGAAAAUAUAAAGUUGUUGAAUUUAUAGAAGAGCAUAGUCAUGUGACUUCAAGUCCUACCAAGAGUCAUUUGCAUCGAUCCCAAAGGAAAUUAACUGCUGCCCAAGCAGUUGAAAUUGAAUUGGCUGAGGAUUCUGGAAUUGCUCCUAAGGCUAGUUUAGAACUCAUGGUUAGGAGAGCUGGUGGGCGUGAGAAUCUUGGAUUUACUCUUGAUGAUUGUCGGAAUUAUAUACGCACAAAAAGAACAAUCCAAAUGAGAACAGGAUAUACAGGCGGGGUUCUUGAAUAUCUUCAGCGUAUGAAGUCAGAAGAUCCUAAUUUUUUUUAUGCUUUGCAAGCAGACAAUGAUGAUUUGAUAACUAAUAUUUUUUGGGCAGAUGCAAAAAUGAUGGAAUCGUUUUCUCACUUUGGUGAUGUUGUUUGCUUUGACACAACUUAUAGAAAAAAUCAUGAUUGUAGGCCUUUUGCAAUGUUUGUUGGGGUAAACCAUCAUAAACAAACCACUUUAUUCGGUGUAGCAUUACUAUAUGAUGAAACUUGCGAAACUUUUAUAUGGUUAUUUGAUACAUUUUCAGAAGCAAUGUUGGGAAAAAAGCCAAAAACCAUUCUUACAGAUCAAAAUACAGCAAUGGCAAAUGCCUUAGAAUCACAAUGGCCGGAAACUUAUCAUCGUCUAUGUAUUUGGCAUAUCUAUCAAAAUGCAACAAAACACCUUAGUAGUAGUGUUUUUAAAAAAUUUCGUCAAUUUGCAACAGAUUUUGGUGACUGUAUAUAUGAAUUCGAGGAAGAAGAUGAAUUCAUUGAAGCUUGGAAGAAUAUGCUUGAAAGAUAUAAUCUCAAAGAUAACGAUUGGUUGGAACGAAUGUUCAAAUUAAAAGAGAAAUGGGCUUUGGUAUAUGGUAGAGAUAGUUUUUGUGCAAAUAUGACAACUACUCAACGGAGUGAGAGUAUGAAUAAUGUUUUGAAACAUUAUGUUAGCUACCAACAUAGUAUGUUGCGAUUUUUUCAACAUUUUGAAAGGUUGGUUGAUGAUCGUCGUUAUGAAGAGUCCAAAGCAGACUUCAAAACAACUCAACUUAACCAUGACUCAUCAAAUGACACAGUGACAUGUAGUUGCAAGAAGUUUGAGUUUGCUGGAAUAUUGUGCUCACAUAUUCUUAAGGUUUUUUCUUCCCGUAAUAUAGGAAAAAUUCCUUCUCAAUACAUUUUGAAAAGAUGGACAAAGUAUGCCAAGACAGGCACUAUAACUUUUAGAUAUGAAAAUACACAUCUUGAUGAUCCUAAAACAUGCAUGGCAAGACGUUACAAAUAG